GGAUGUGGUAAGUGGAAACGCAAGCAAGAAAGAAGUGAACAAAAGUGGGGCCCAUGGGCGGUGGAGUGUGUUGCAUUAUUCAUGCUUCCUCAAUUCUGUUAUGGUUAGCGUUCUCUCAACGCACCGCCCCACUCUUUUUUAAUUAUUUGUAUUUAUAAAACGACACCGUAGUGUCUUCUCUAAUUAAGUCUCAUUUCCAUUUCCAUAUACUCAAAUUCAGUACUCUUUCAUUCCUUCAAUUCCAUGUCUUUCAGAGGUCUCAGCCGGCCCAAUGCUUCAUCAGGCAUGGGUGUUGAUGAGAACAGCAAAAACAUCUUCAUGGAAUUGAAGACAAAGAAGGUCCAUCGUUAUGUGAUCUUUAAGGUUGAUGAAAAGAAAAGGGAGGUUGUGGUUGAGAAGACUGGUGGUCCUGCUGAGAGCUAUGACGAUUUCGCUGCAUCUUUGCCUGAGAAUGAUUGCAGAUAUGCUGUGUUUGACUUUGAUUUUGUCACUUCUGAGAACUGUCAAAAGAGCAAAAUCUUCUUCAUUGCAUGGUCUCCUUCAACGUCUCGAAUCCGUGCCAAGAUGCUCUAUGCCACAACUAAAGAAAGGUUUAGGCGCGAGCUAGAUGGUGUCCAUUAUGAAAUCCAGGCUACUGACCCUACAGAAAUGGAUCUCGAAGUGCUGAGGGACCGAGCACAUUGAGAUGUUUAUGCAAUUAUUGAUUUUCUCAUCAAAAUCUACUAUUUUUCACUUUUAAUGAACUACCUCUCCUUGAUUUAUCUGUUACAAAACCCAUCUUGCCACAAAAAUGUACCUCCAAUAAUAUGAAUCUGGAUUCUGGAGGCUGAUGAUGGGUUUAAGCUUUUAGCAGCUACUGUUGUAUAUUCCAGCCUGCUUUACUGUAUUGUUUGAGCUUGAUAUUAUGGAUCCAGAUAUCUUGGACACUAAAAUCCCUUGUUAUUAAUUUGAUGGUUGUCACCUUGGUUUCUGUAGAA